UCACCAGCACACUGCAGGGUCGUCGCUAUCUCCUUCUCCACCUCCUCCAGAGCUCUGAGCCGCUCGUUCGCCAUGAGCAGACGGCAAACAACCAGCAGCUCUCAGAGAACACCUUCUACUCCCACACAGUCAAACUUCACCCUGUGGACAGGAGUCAAUCUAAAAUUGCUCGACUGGCUGAAACCUGAGCACAAAGCGGCUGAGGGGCACAUCAACAAAGAAUGCGACGCCACUCAGUCGCACAGUUGUGACGUCCGUUUAUCACAGAGGCAAGAUGGCUACAUCGGCUUGGAUGCGUGGCCCCUCUGCUAUGCGACUAACGGAGGGUUUGGUAUCGGUUCUGAAGGAACAGCGUCCCGAAUAUUUACCCACUUUGUUGGCAAACUACAGAGAGCAUGGCGUGUUUCAGACCCAGGGCGCGAGCGCUGUUGGUGGUCUCGUGGGUUUCAGCAAUGCCAAACUGGGCUCGAGCAAAACCAGGUUUGAGGGGCUGUGCCUGCUCUCCAUGCUGGUCAAAGACAGCUCCAGUGAUCUGUUCCAGCAACACUGUGUCUCCUGGCUGCGCUCCCUGCAGCAGGUCAUCCAG